AUGGCUAUCCUCACCAAUGGCACAUCGAAACCCAGCACGCAGCUCUGGAAGAACCCGUCUCCGAGAUCAACGCCCAUGUGGGACUUCCUGCUUACCGUCAACAAAAAGCACAACUUGCAAUUGAACAGCUACGAAGACCUCCACGCAUGGAGCAUCAGCAACAUCGCGGGCUUCUGGGGCGAGGUAUGGCAGUACACGGGCGUGAGAGCUUCGAAACUGUAUACAGAGGUUGUCGAUGAAAGCCUACCUAUGUACCCGCGGCCAUCAUUCUUCUCGGGAGCUGAGCUUAAUUUCGCGGAGAACCUGCUAUUCCCCGCUCACGAUGUCGACCCGAACAGUCCUGCGGUGAUAGCAGCAACGGAGACCACGCGUGAGACGGUCAGCUGGGCAGAGCUAAGGGAACAAGUGAAAGAAUGCCAGGCCGGGAUGCUGGCCAUAGGGUUGAAAGUGGGCGAUCGAGUGGCGGGAUACGUUGCUAAUCACACCAAUGCUUUGGUAGCAAUGCUCGCAGCUACGUCGCUGGGAGGCAUAUGGACAGCCGUGAGCCCUGAUACAGGCGUGCACGCCGUGCUUGAGAGACUGCGGCAGAUUGGGCCAAUGCUGCUAUUCACGGACAACGCAGCAUUCUACAAUGGCCGUAGUCACCCUGUCCUCCCUAAAGUGGCUGAGAUAGCUGCGGGCCUCCCAACGCUCCAGGCUGUAGUCGUCUUCCAGACGGUGGCACCAGUCGAGACAGAUCUGAACUCGAUAAAAAUUACAUCCGGGAAAGCAUACACCUACGACGCGUACAGACGCCUCCAGGCUCCCCCAUCGACCCUCACUUUCAAACAACUACCCCCCGAUCACCCCGUCUACAUUCUCUACAGCAGCGGGACAACAGGUGCACCGAAAUGCAUCGUCCAUGGCGCCAUCGGUACUCUGCUCCAACACAAAAAGGAGCAUCUCCUCCACUGCUCGAUAACCCCUGGCUCUCGCCUCUUCUACUAUACGACCUGUACCUGGAUGAUGUGGCACUGGCUCGUUUCCGGGCUGGCAAGCGGUGCGACUCUCGUCCUCUACGACGGCUCGCCCUUCCGCACCAUCUCACCCUCCGAUCCCUCGACUUCAAUACCAAACGACCUCGCGAUGCCGCUCCUCGUCGAGGAAGUUGGCAUAACGCACUUUGGCACCUCAGCGAAGUACCUCUCCGUGCUGGAGCAGAAAGCCCUAGCACCAACGAAAAUACUGUCACUGAAGACGCUCAAAGCCAUCUACAGCACCGGCUCCCCCCUCGCCCCCUCCACCUUCUCCUACAUCUACUCCGCUUUCCCCUCCACCAUAAACCUCGGCAGCAUAACCGGCGGCACAGACAUAAUCUCCCUCUUCGGCGCGCCCUCUCCGCUCAACCCCGUGCACAUCGGCGAGAUCCAAGUCUCGGGACUCGGCAUGGCGAUCGCAGCCUGGGACUACACAGGCGCAGAUAUCACGGCCACCGGCGAGGCAGGCGAUCUCGUCUGCACCAAACCAUUUCCCUGCCAGCCCGUCGCGUUCUGGGGCCCGACUGGGGAUGCGAAGUACCGCUCCAGCUACUUCGAGGCUUUCCCAGAAAAAAGCGUGUGGCACCAUGGCGACUUCGUGCGGUUCAACCCCAAGACUGGCGGCAUUUUCAUGCUGGGCCGGAGCGAUGGGAUCCUCAAGCCCGCUGGCGUGCGUUUUGGAAGCGCGGAGAUCUAUAACGUGCUUCUUGAGCAUUUCGCGGAUGAGGUGGCGGACGCGUUGUGUAUUGGGCGACGGCGGGAAGAGGAUGCUGAUGAGACCGUGGUGCUAUUUUUGAAGAUGGCGGAGGGGAAGGAGUGUGAUGGGAAGUUAGUAGAGAGGAUAAAGGCGGCGGUGAGGAAGGGGCUGAGUGCGAGACACGUGCCGGGGAUUAUUGAGGCGUGUCCGGAGAUUCCGAUUACGACGAAUGGGAAGAAGGUAGAAGGAGCUGUCAAGCAGAUUCUUUGCGGGUUGAAUGUGAAGACCAGCGCGUCGGUGGCGAAUGCGGAGUGCCUUGAUUGGUAUCGGGAUUGGGCGAAGACACACGCUUGA